UUGUCUACAGAUACAACACGUCCACGUGAAGUCGGUGAAGUGGACGGUGUACAUUAUCAUUUUGUGUCAAAGCAAGUUUUUCAAGAAGAUGCCAAACUUGGAAAAUUCAUAGAAUACGGUGAGUUUCAAAAGUACUUUUAUGGUACUUCGCUGAGUUCAAUUCAAUCGGUCAUCGACAAGGUCAAGAUAUGCUUAUUAACGCUGAAAGCUGAGAAUUUGGAAGUAUUACGAAGGACGAAUUUCAUGCCUUACGUAGUAUUCAUUGCUCCACCAUCACUGCAGCAACUUCGUCGACAGAAAGAGAUUCUUGGUCAACACAGCAUCAAAGACGAGCAACUGAAAGCUAUUCUUAACGAAGGCAAAGCAACAGAACAGAAAUAUGGUCAUUUAUUUGAUCGGAUAAUAGUGAACAUUGAUUUGGAUCGAUCACUGCAAGAACUGAAGGAAGUAAUUAGAAGAUUGGAAACUGAACCCCAGUGGAUACCAUCAUUCUGGUCUCGUGUCACUGACAAUACUAGUAGUCUUUCAUCUCUGAAAUAUGAUGAAAAGUUAAUAUACUAA